AGUGAGUGUGGUGUGGCCGUGUGGGUGAGGUUUCCUCCGUCAGAGGCCAAAUUGUUGGAGAGGCAGGGCAGAGGCUGGCCCCUCGCGAGUUUGUGUGCCGGCGGGUAACAGCCACGCGAGGCUCGGCGGCCGUCCCCGGCGUCCGGCGGAGCCGUUCGACGGCGCCGGCGAAGCAGAGGCGAGGCAGCCGGCGACAUCGGCGGCGGCGGCAGAUGGGGGCGCGCGUCAUGGCGUGGUGGCGGGCAAGGGUGGUCGCGCCCAUGCGCCGCGCCUGCAGGCUCGCCGUCGCAGCCGCCCGCGCCCGCGUCCGCAAGGGUGAGUGCGGGGUCCUGAACCUUCACCAGGACGUGCAGACGUGCGGCUACCACGACGUGCAGGUGAUGUGGGACAUGCUCAGCUCCGACAAGGAGGCCGCUGCCGCCGCCUCGGCGCCCGCGAAGCAGCAGCAGCGGCGGAAGAGGCCGUUCUGGAAGCUGCCUCCGUCGUUCUGGCCCGCCGGGUCGCCGCGCGACGCCGCAGCGCAAUGAAGUGAACGGUGUACGAGCUGGUGCCUGGCAAUGUGGACAGAACGCCUGUACCAUGGCACCCUGCCGCUGUCAUGCUGCUGCCUGUCAUUGCGCCGCGAGUUCAUGGCAAUGAUCCCUGCGACCAGACCAGCCCGACCAUGCAUGUGUACACAUGAUUUUUGUAUAGUUUUUGGACAGUGCAAAUCGCUUCUCCUCUGAUCUGGUGUUAAUUUGACCGUGCUCUGGCGUGGACAGAGCAGUUUGGACUUCGGACUUGCCCCCGUCGAUUUAGUGUUUGAUUAUCAUCAUGCAGGGGGCAGCUAAUAUUCAACAUGCAAUUUGAAGAGGAAGUCAUGUAUU